ACGUCACCUCCUCUUCCCAGCUUUGCCUCUGGAACCAUCGUUGCUCUCUCAUGCCAGAAGUCUGUUCGGGGAAAUUGCGGACAUUUUUUUUUUUUUUUUUUUAAAACCUGUUGACAUACGCAUAUUUUAGACAAAGCGGCCGACAGAGCUGUCUAACGUCAACUGCGAAGCUGCUAGCUUGUUUUUUCCCUCUCUUAAUCUGCUCCGAGCUCAUUUUCCCUUUGUGGGUCAACAACUCAGAAGUCAGUGUUGUGGGAGUUUGAAGGCCUGUGAAGACUUUAGGUGCGACAGUAUGAACAUCUUUCGGCUGGCAGGUGACGUGUCCCAUUUGGUGGCUAUUCUCAUCCUGUUGAUGAAGAUAUGGAGGUCCAAAUCUUGUGCUGGCAUCUCUGGGAAGUCUCAGGUGCUGUUUGCACUUGUUUUUACCACCAGGUACCUUGACCUGUUCACAGUCUACAUUUCAGCCUACAACACAGUCAUGAAGGUGGUGUUUCUGGCUCUGUCCUAUGCUACGGUGUAUUUGAUCUACAUGCGCUUCAGGAACUCGUAUGAUUCAGAGAAUGACACGUUCAGAGUGGAGUUCUUGCUGGUUCCGGUGAUCGGCCUGUCCUUCCUGGAGAACUAUGCCUUCACUCCACUAGAGAUCUUGUGGACCUUCUCCAUCUUCCUGGAGUCCGUCGCCAUAAUGCCCCAGCUCUUCAUGAUCACCAAGACGGGCGAGGCGGAGUCCAUCACCACCCACUACCUGUUCUUCCUCGGCCUCUACAGGGCCCUGUACAUAGCCAACUGGGUGUGGCGCUACCACACCGAGGGCUUCUAUGACCAGAUCGCAAUCGUGUCCGGAGUCGUUCAGACCAUUUUCUACUGCGACUUCUUUUACCUUUACGUCACGAGGGUUCUCCGAGGAAGAGGGAAGAUGAGCCUGCCGAUGCCGGUUUAGGUUUUACGUCAGUGCCUGCCACAGUUCAGCGUCGCGGCAGAAUCCUUUCGCCUUUCCCUGUAGCUGUACUUUAGGAAAAGGGACUAAAGGUCUUAUAUUUGUAGACCAAAAUUAAAUAGAUUUUUUUUGUUUUGUUUGACUGGUACUUUAAGUCUGUGUUCGUGCAUAAUCGUAUGCAACAAUGCGCUACGGAUGUAUCAUUCUGCUCAUCGCCGGUGAACGCCGUGGCUCUCUACAGAUUACAGCGAGGAGAGUGUGUAGUUUUUGUCCCAACAUUUCCUUUUCAGAAACUGCUUUUGACUCUGAAGCUCUUCGAAAUAACCAGCCUGGUUUUUGUACUAACAGUCUUGAAUGUCGAAUGCAUGAAAACAAACUUUUAGGUUGUUCCAGCAGGUGUUUUGAGCACUCAGGUAGACCGCAGCUUUAAACUAAACAUCACCAAACGUCCAGGCCUACAUGUGAAAACCCAAUGUUUUAUUUUCUCACAGAUUCAUAGGCACUCCCUGAAUAACUUACUGUAUUUACUAUUGCCAAGUUUGUUACGGUUAUUUCUUGUUUACCUUGUCUUGUGUAAUUUUUGUUGUUGUUGUUGGGGGGGAAGGGGUAAAAAAAGGGCUUAAAAUCAUAUCGUGUUAUGAAAAGCCAAAGAAGCGGCAGUAGCUAAACUUUCUCGUUUCUUUUUUAAUUUCAAAAGUGUUAGUCAAAGAAAUCAGAAACCCAAUUUUUUUUUCUUUUUAUUACGCGAGGAAUUCUCUUUACUCAAAGAUCUGGUCAUGUUUUGUUUUCAGAAACAUUCGCACUACUGCCCAGUCUCAAAGUGCUCUUAAGAUGAAAGUGUUUGAUGUGAUCAACAGAACGCUGUUGCGAGUUUUCCUUUCAACGCGUCGCGUCUUUGUAAUAAAGGUUAUCCAUCUUGA